CAGCGGCUGAUGCUGGUGGGCCGCGCGCCGGCUGCCGUCGACUUGAGCGAGGAGCUGUUUGCGUAUAGCAGCCUGGGCACGCCGCCGUUACCGGGUCGCAGCUAAACUAUGUGCUCCUGCAGGGCGGGCACCAUGUUGCAUUCAUCUUUGUAUCCCCAGCACUAGUAGUGUUGGCAUAUAGUAGGCACUCAAGAAAUGUAUGUUGAAUGAGCGAUGCCUGUGACAAGCAACUGGACUUUAUUCUUUCCUGACCCUUGCUCCUAUGACACAACUCCUCCUGACUGCCACUGUCACCCCUUCAGAGCAGAACUUCUCUAGGGAACCUGGAAGGGAAACAGCUAUGGCCAAGGAUAUCCUGGGGGAAGCAGGGCUGCACUUCGAUGAGCUGAACAAGUUGCGGGUGUUGGACCCAGAGGUUACCCAGCAGACCAUAGAGCUCAAGGAAGAGUGCAAGGACUUUGUGGACAAAAUUGGCCAGUUUCAGAAAAUAGUUGGUGGUCUAAUUGAGCUUGUUGAUCAACUUGCAAAAGAAGCAGAAAAUGAGAAGAUGAAGGCUAUUGGUGCUCGGAACUUGCUCAAAUCCAUUGCAAAGCAGAGAGAAGCCCAACAGCAGCAACUUCAAGCACUGAUAGCAGAAAAGAAAAUGCAGCUAGAAAGGUACCGAGUUGAAUAUGAAGCUCUGUGUAAAGUAGAAGCAGAACAGAAUGAAUUUAUUGACCAGUUUAUUUUUCAGAAGUGAACUGAAAAUUUCAUUUUUUAUAGCAGGAAGGAAAAAAAGCCCCCCAAAAGCAAAAAUCCUCUGUGCCAUUCCAGUGACUUGUCUAAUGACCUAAGCAUGUCAUGACAGAGUGUCAGGAACACAGUCCUCUGAAGGCAAUAAUGCCACAUUUGAGGGCACUGGUACUACACGUCAGCACACAGCCACUGCCAGUGGCAAGGCAGGGCAGGGCAGGGCCUCACCUCUUGAAUCUUAGUAUGAACUAAGCAGUCUGUAAACCUUGAUUCACUUUUUUGUAAAUUCACAAAGCUUUGGAAGGAAAAGCAAUAAAUUAUUGUUUUCAAAUGGC